AUGGAAACUUCUUGGGAAAGCCGAAGUCCUAUACCUGCAGCGUUCCUGCAGCCAUCCAAGUGGCUUCCAUUAUACGAAGACUUCGUGACGAAAAAUGCUAGCUCUGUGGGCCAAGUCGAGUCGGCGCUGAGGUCUUUGACAUACAUAAUCCCAGGUGAAAGCAGAAAGAAGCUCCCGUCCGGUUCUGCGUGGUCAAAUCUAAUGCUACAGCUUUCCGUAGGACGUUAUCGCGAUUCCGAGAUAUCAUCAGAAUGCGUUCAUUCAGGAGUGCAACUCCUAUCACUCUACCAUGACUCCCUUGUUUCCCGAGUCAUUGCGAGACUUCCUUCCACUAUUCCACGACCAGCACCCACAUCACAUACUCGAUAUACAAAGUUCUGGAUCUCGCAUUCUCCGUUAUAUCAUCGAGUGGCUCUGACGCUCCAGAUGGUACGGUAUACGGAGCUGUUAUGGGAGAUGAUUGCGCGACGACGGGGUGAAAAGGUCCGCUGGCGCGUUGUUGUUCUCAUCGAAGCUAUCAAGGCAAUAUGCCGCUUUUUCCUACUCCGUCUUACAAAAUCCAGACCAUUGGUCAGCCCUCCGUUACCGGAGCGCGAGAUAGAUCCUAGAACUGCGGACGAAGAAGAGAGCGACUGGAAUGGGAUGGAGACGCCUGUCAGUGAGCGAUCCACUGACCUGAGUUGGACAAUGCCGCGGACAGGGCUAUCACUUCCUUCACUUCCUGAAGUGAAUGAUAUCUCUAAUUAUCUCAUAUCCAAAGUUUUGACAGCCGAUGAUAUCAAGCCUCCAAAAGCACUUCUGCAUCGAGUUAGUGGCCAGGGCCAGUUCGCGGAAGUACUCUAUAUUCUUCGGCCGGUCAUCUAUGCACUAGCGAUGCAAAGAUGGAGUCGUGAUAAAAAGAGUUGGAGACCUUGGCUAAUUGGAUUCGGCAUGGAAUAUGGCUGUCGCCAACUUGCUAAAUCUGAUUUCCGCGAGCGGGUAGCAGGGGGCCUCCGAGGUCUCACAGGGCUUGAGCGAACGGAACUCAAAAGGCGCGGAUUGGCGAUGGGCUGGUGGCUCAUGCGUGGUGCAUUCUAUGAGAACAUUACCAAGUCUUGUUUGAGAGGGUUGACUGGUAAGAUGAAAGGCAAACCAUUGCUCGACCUUGUGGGAAGCGUCAUUGAAGAUUAUGAAUACCUGUGGGACAACUAUUACUUUUCGACUACGACUCUUUGA